AUGCAGGUGACAAAACUAACAGGCGAUGUAAACGAGUACAAAGAGCAAGUUUCCUCACUCAAACAUGAGAAUUCUGAGUUAAAAAUUGCAAAACUGAGCGUGGAAUUGGAACUUGAAGAGGUGAAAAAUGAAUAUGAAACGUCGAAGGUGCAAAUCAAAGCUCUCAACCAGCAGAUUAAUAAGCUUAGAGCAGACUCUCCGCAACAGUAUCAUCAGCAGGUGGCGACACAGCUAUUUUCAGAUGAUGAUGACAAUAAUUCUGUCUUCUCGGGAUCUCCUGUGAAUCCUAGAGGCAGCUUCCAGAAUUUAAGUAAUUUCAACAAUCUCUCUACAGACUACCUAGAUGCCGCUGAUGUUAAGGAAAGACUCUCUCAUUGGAAGGGUUGGAAUAUUGAUAUGAGGGGAUGGAGAAGUGUCGGAAUGGGACCAUUGUUAGAACUAUAG